AUGACUGAGUUUUUGGUAGUGAGAACUCGGUCGGCAUAUAAUGAGAUAAUUGGGCGGCCCACGUUGAAUGCAUUAAAGGCCAUUACCUCAACCUAUCAUCUAAAAAUGAAGUUCCCAACAUGCGAGGUACACGGACCAAGACGAAUAGGCGAAGUACGCGGCGAGCAAGUCUUGGCCAAGGAAUGUUAUGUGCAGGAGCGCAAACAAGGGCAAAAAGAGGUCAGCAUGGUAGAUUCUGAAAAACACAUGAUCCUCCCACUAGGACCACAAGUAAUGGUGACGGAGUUAGAGACUAGGGAUGAAGAUACCCUGAAGCAUGGAGAGGCAGAUGAGCCUUUAGAGUUGGUCACCCUUGAAAAAAACCAUCCUGAAAGCCACAUAAAGAUCGGGACAAAAUUGGCGCAUGAAGAGAGAAAGCAACUGAUAGAUUUCCUUCUGAACCAUAAAGAUGUAUUCACAUGGAGUCAUAAAGAUAGGCCUAGGAUAGGCGAGGAAAUCAUCGAACAUGAGCUGAAAGUAGACCCAAAGAUAUGCCCAGUAAAACAAAAGAAGAGAAACUUCAGUACUGAGAAGUACAAAGCAAUCGCAGAGGAGGUUGGUAAAGUGAUGUUUUUCUGCUUGAAGAACACUGGGGCAACCUACCAGAGGUUGAAAGUAAGAGCUUGGGAUGCCGAGUGCGAAGAAGCGUUUUCUCAGUUGAAAGAGUAUCUAACAAAGCCACCAUUGCUCAGUCACACUAAGCCAGAAGAGUCAUUGUCAUUGUACAUAGCAGUAACUCCAGAUGCAGUAUCUGCUGCGUUGAUGCGAGAGGAAGGAAAGGGGCAAAAACCAGUGCAUUACGUAAGCAGGGCGCUGAGAGAAGCAGAGACCAGGUACCCAAAGGUGGAGUUGGUCGCUUUUGCGAUGGUAGUAGCAGCAAGGUGGUUACGACCUUAUUUCCAAGCCCAUCCAAUAAAAGUAAUCACUUCGUCGCCCCUACAAAAGGUGUUACAGACACCAUAUACCUCAGGAUGGUUGGUCAAAUGGUCAAUCGAACUAAGUGAAUAUGACAUCAGCUACGUACCAAAAAGCGCUGUGAAAUGGCAAAUAAUAGCCGAUUUUGUAGCAAAGUUCUCCAACUUCAAAGAAGAAGUUCAAAUACCACCUGAGAAGAAUCCAUGGCAAGUGUAUGUAGAUGGGUUAGCCUACCGAGCAGGAGGAGGAGUCGGGGUGUACAUAGUAACAAGUAAGGGGAAAGAAUCGUACCACAUAGUGCAAUUGGAGUUCAAAGUAACAAACAAUGAAGCUGAGUAUCAAGCAGUACUCGCUAGAUUGGCGAUCACAAGGGUAUUAGGAGGCGAAGAAAUCGAAAUGAAAGCCGAUUCGCAAGUGGUAGUCGGGCAAAUCACGGGAGAAUAUUUGGCAAGAGGAUCCAAGCUAAUAAAAUAA